AUGCAGUACAAUUAUAGCAUUCAUAUAGCACGCCUCCAACGACCUCCAGUCGUGCAGCACAAUUAUAGCAUUCAUAUAGCAUGCCUCCAACGACCUCCAGCUGUGCAGCACAAUUAUAGCAUUCAUAUAGCCUGCCUCCAACGACCUCCAGCCGUGCAGCACAAAUAUAGCAUUCAUAUAGCACGCCUCCAACGACCUCCAGCCGUGCAGCACAAUUAUAGCCUUCAUAUAGCACGCCUCCAACGACCUCCAGCCGUGCAGCACAAUUAUAGCCUUCAUAUAGCAAGCCUCCAACGACCUCCAGCCGUGCAGCACAAAUAUAGCAUUCAUAUAGCACGCCUCCAACGACCUCCAGCCGUGCAGCACAAUUAUAGCAUUCAUAAAGCAUACCUCCAACGACUUCCAGCCGUGCAGCACAAUUAUAGCAUUCAUAUAGCAUGCCUCCAACGACCUCCAGCCGUGCAGCACAAUUAUAGCAUUCAUAUAGCAUGCCUCCAACAACCUCCACCCAUGCAGCACAAUUAUAGCAUUCAUAUAGCCUGCCUCCAACGACUUCCACCCGUGCAGCACAAUUAUAGCAUUCAUAUAGCAUGCCUCCAACGACCUCCACCCAUGCAGCACAAUUAUAGCAUUCAUAUAGCAUGCCUCCAACGACCUCCAGCUGUGCAGCACAAUUAUAGCAUUCAUAUUGCAUGCCUCCAACGACUUCCAGCCGUGCAGCACAAUUAUAGCAUUCAUAUAGCCUGCCUCCAACGACCUCCACCCGUGCAGCACAAUUAUAGCAUUCAUAUAGCAUGCCUCCAACGACCUCCAGCCGUGCAGCACAAUUAUAGCAUUCAUAUAGCAUGCCUCCAACGACCUCCAGCCGUGCAGCACAAUUAUAGCAUUCAUAUAGCAUGCCUCCAACGACCUCCAGCCGUGCAGCACAAUUAUAGCAUUCAUAUUGCAUGCCUCCAACGACUUCCAGCCGUGCAGCACAAUUAUAGCAUUCAUAUAGCAUGCCUCCAACGACCUCCAGCCGUGCAGCACAAUUAUAGCAUUCAUAUAGCAUGCCUCCAACGACCUCCAGCCGUGCAGCACAAUUAUAGCAUUCAUACAGCAUGCCUCCAACGACCUCCAGCCGUGCAGCACAAUUAUAUCAUUCAUAUAGCACGCCUCCAACGACCUCCAGCCAUGCAGCACAAUUAUAGCAUUCAUACAGCAUGCCUCCAACGACCUCCAGCCGUGCAGCACAAUUAUAGCAUUCAUAUAGCACGCCUCCAACGACCUCCAGCCGUGCAGCACAAUUAUAGCAUUCAUAUAGCAUGCCUCCAACAACCUCCACCCGUGCAGCACAAUUAUAUCAUUCAUAUAGCCUGCCUCCAACGACCUCCAGCCGUGCAGCACAAUUAUAGCAUUCAUAUAGCAUGCCUCCAACGACCUCCAGCCGUGCAGCACAAUUAUAUCAUUCAUAUAGCCUGCCUCCAACGACCUCCAGCUGUGCAGCACAAUUAUAGCAUUCAUAUAGCAUGCCUCCAACGACCUCCAGCCGUGCAGCACAAUUAUAGCAUUCAAAUAGCAUGCCUCCAACGACCUCCAGCCGUGCAGCACAAUUAUAUCAUUCAUAUAGCCUGCCUCCAACGACCUCCAGCUGUGCAGCAUAAUUAUAGCAUUCAUAUAGCAUGCCUCCAACGACCUCCAGCCGUGCAGCACAAUUAUAUCAUUCAUAUAGCCUGCCUCCAACGACCUCCAGCUGUGCAGCACAAUUAUAGCAUUCAUAUAGCCUGCCUCCAACGACCUCCAGCCGUGCAGCACAAUUAUAGCAUUCAUAUAGCAUGCCUCCAACGACCUCCAGCCGUGCAGCACAAUUAUAGCAUUCAUAUAGCCUGCCUCCAACGACCUCCAGCCGUGCAGCACAAUUAUAGCAUUCAUAUAGCAUGCCUCCAACGACCUCCAGCCGUGCAGCACAAUUAUAGCAUUCAUAUAGCAUGCCUCCAAUGA